ACAGCAUGUUUUCAGAUGCUUUCCCAAUCUAAAGAGGGCCUAGAAAACUUUGAUGUGGAGAUAACAGAUUCCAUAUCUUACUGUAUAACAAGAUGUGCUAAAGAAGCAUCAGAAGUACAAAGUGAUAUAUCUCCAGAAGGAAGAGUAAUUGUUACUAAUUGUGGUCUAAGUGCUGAAGUAAAGGAGGAAGGGAAUGAUGGUGUAAAUAGAGCCCUAUGUUCAGAUGGCAGUUUGGUUCAUGUGGCUGGAACUGCAAUGAUGCUGCCAUCAGAAAAGACUGAAAAAGAGGAUGAUGCCUUCAGAUUAAGAAAUACACCAUCUCCAAAAGCGGCUUUCAAUGAGAAGUCAUCAAAUAGAGUGGAAGAAAUUCCAGCCCAAGGAUUGGUUAACAACUUGGUGUCAGCAGGGGAGCUUUUCCAGGAACUAAAGGAGAACACUGGAACCCCUGCAAGUUCCCAAUCAGGGCAUCGCCAUCCAAAUAGAGUACACAAGAACAAGAAAGUUUCCCUUGCGGAGAGGUAUUCACUAAGUAACAAAAGGAAAAGCAUGGUUCGGAAAUCCCUCAGCAGGGCAAUGGCCAAGAAGAAAGCAGCUCAAGACUCCUCAUCUGUCUGUAGCCAAGUCAACUCUCAUAGUUCUCUUGAAGUGUUUAUGGAUGAUGAAACAAGUGAUCAUGGGAAACAAAGUUAUAAGUGCUCAGUUGAUGAUCUGCCUUCUGUCCAGAACAUGCAAGAUGAAAACAAUUCCAGUCACAAAACGACAUCCUCUCAUGCAAACAAGAUCAUACGACCAUUCAAAAACUACUUCCAGUCUAUACAGAAAAAUCAACUACUCAAACCUUCAGGGUCACCAGUAAAUAAUAGUGUUAAACACAGCACACCCACUAGACCUCCCACCAAGGGCGAUUUUGUUGAAAAACAGCGACAGCGUCUGGAAAGUCUCAGGAAAAAGCAGGAAGCAGAGCAGCAGAGGAAGCAAAAAGUGGAGGAAGAAAAGAGACGACGAUUGGAAGAAAUAAAAUUAAAGCGUGAAGAAAGGCUAAGAAAGGCACUCCAAGCCCGAGAGCGGGUGGAGCAGAUGGAGGAAGAAAAGAAGAAGAGACUUGGACAGAAGUUGUCUCAACAGGAGGAAAAGAGUGAAAAGGUGAGAGAAGAGAAAGCAGCAGAGGAGAAGAACAGGAAGAAGAAGUCAAUUAAGAAAACGGGGGAAGCAGAAACCCGGAAACAAAAAAUGCUGCAGGUGGAAGAAGAGCCAAAGCUUCAAGAGCAACAAGAAAAAUGGAAGACAGUUGGGGAAAUUAGAAAAAUGCUUGAGCACAAUAAGGCAAAACAGGAAAAAGGGUGAGCAUUUUGCUUCCAUAGUUACAAGAAGGAGUGCAUCUCAAAUUCAGUGUGUUGCGAACCAGACAAUUUGGGGUCAGUGGAAAAUGGCAGCUUCCAAAACUGAAAAUUGUUAGUUCGAUGUGGCCAGCAUGAGUGUAUGGAGCGCUGUUACCUUCCCGCUGCAGCAGUACCUAUUGAUCUACUCACAUUUGCAUGUUUGUGAACUGCUGGGUUGGCAGAAGCUGGGGCUAACAAUGGGAGCUCACCCCGUCUGUGGAUUCGAACCUACAACCUUCUGAUCAACAAGUUCUGCAGCUUAGCGGUUUAACCUGCUGCGCCACUGCAGCCCCCAGACGGGGCUUAUGCACCUUUAAUGAUUAUGUGGAAAGAGAACUUUGCAGGUGUGGCACAUUGGAUGCUAAAGAUGGAGAAAUUUCUUCUCUAAAGCAAGGACACAACAUGUUCUUGGCAAGAUUUGUUCAAGGGGACUUUGCCUUUGCUUUCCUCUGAGACUAAGAGAAUGUGACCUGCUUAGAAAUUGUUAAUUUGACAAUCUUACAAUGUAGGUAAAUAUAUGACCUUUAAAGGCCUACAUGGUUUGGGUUCAAGUUACCUAUAGGAUCAUCUUCUCCCUUACAAUCCUCCCCUUGGGAUACUUGGUGGAUACUUACUUCAAAAAUCCAGAACCUGACUGACAGCUGUCACCCAGAGGACCUUUUCAUUGGCCAUGUUUUCAUCUAUAUAUUUUAUGGUAUGCAUUAAAUGGUGUAUUUCUAUCUA